AUGUCCCCAGCAUCGGCUCCAACGGCGAGUGAGAGCAGCACCGCCACGGUCACUGAGGAGGAGGCGAGCAGUCCCAGGGAGGAGCAACAGCCUCAGAAACAGUCUCUGACCAAAUCCCUGUGCCAGGAAACCCACUGGAAAUGCCUCCUGCUGUCCCUGCUGAUGUACGGCUGCGUCGGGGUGAUGGGCUGGUGCCAGGUGACCAAGGUCACGCGCCUCUCCUUCGACAGCGCCUACAAGGGGAAGUCGCUAAUGUACCACGACAGCCCCUGCUCCAACGGCUACAUCUACAUCCCCCUGGCCUUCCUGGUCAUGCUCUACGUGGUCUACCUGGUGGAGUGCUGGCACUGCUACGCCAGGAACGAGCUGCAGUACAAGGUGGACGUGGAGAGCGUGGCCGAGCGCGUGCAGCGCAUGCAGCAGGCCACGCCCUGCAUCUGGUGGAAGGCCAUCAGCUAUCACUACGUCCGGCGGACGCGGCAGGUCACGCGCUACCGCAACGGAGACGCCUACACCACCACGCAGGUGUACCACGAGAGGGUGAACACGCACGUGGCGGAGGCGGAGUUCGACUACGGGAACUGCGGCAUCAAGGACAUCUCCAAGCACCUGCUCGGCCUGGAGGGCUUCGCCAUCACCAGGCUGAGGUUCACCAAGUGCUUCAGCUUUGCCAACGUGGAGUCGGAAAACUCCUACCUGAACCAGAGGGCUAGGUUCUUCACGGAAAACGAGGGCCUGGACGACUACAUGGAGGCACGCGAGGGGAUGCACCUGAAGAAUGUCGACUUUAAGGAGUACAUGAUUGCCUUUUCUGACCUCAACCGCCCUCCCUGGUAUGCUACUAACUCGGCUUUCUGGGUGGCAGCUGCCUUCACCCUCUCCUGGCCUCUGCGGGUGUUGACAGAGUAUCGCACUGCCUGUGUGCACUACCACGUGGAGAAGCUGUUUGGUUUUGACUACGUGCCAGUGACACCAUCCGAGGAGCGUCCGUACUGCAGACACAUCCCACGGGUCAACACGAUCGACAGCACGGAGCUGGAGUGGCACAUCCGCUCCAACCAGCAGCUGGUGCCCAGCUACUCGGAGGCGGUCCUGAUGGAUCUGACCCAGCUCUCGGGCAGCUACUCCGCGUGCGGAGGCUACAGCGGCUACAGGCAGAACUGCGAGCGCUGCCACCGCGCCAUCAGCAGCUCCUCCAUCUUCUCCCGCAGCGCCCUGAGUAUCUGCAACACGGCCAGCCCCCGCAUCCCCUUCAGCGCCAGCCGCUUCUCGCUGGGCCGGCUGUACGGCUCCAGGCGGAGCUGCCUGUGGAGAAGCAGCGGGAGUCUGAACGAGCAGUCCGUCCCCACUGAGAGCACUCGCUGCCUGUCAGCUCAACAGAGCAGCGAGGAGAACCCCCCGGCCUAUCAGGACGCGCUGUGCUUCCCGGUGCUUAUUGUGCACCGCAACGAGGGAUGCCUGAACCACAACCACCGCUCCCUGCACAGAAACGGCUCCUGUGUAGAAACUUCUCUCUGA